UUCUGAGGCACCGCAAACAAACCUAAUUCCUGGUGUUCCCUAGUCUUGGCGGAGGAGCAUUUUAGAUGAGCCCCGAAAGACCGGGCAGGGGGGACAAGCUCUUUGGGGCUACCAAACAGAAGCAGCAAUGCCUGUUGUGUGGCCAACCCUUUUGGAUCUCAGCAGGGAUGAAUGCAAACGGAUUCUUCGAAAAUUGGAAUUGGAGGCAUAUGCUGGAGUUAUCAGUGCACUUCGGGCACAGGGGGAUCUCACCAAGGAAAAGAAAGAUCUUCUUGGAGAACUCUCAAAAGUCCUUAGCAUCUCAACAGAACGCCACCGUGCUGAAGUUCGGAGAGCAGUAAACGAUGAACGGUUAACAACAAUUGCACAUAAAAUGAAUUUAUCCUUAUAUUUGGGUGAAAGACCAAGUUACAGUAUGUCUGGACCUAAUAGUUCUUCAGAAUGGUCCAUCGAAGGUCGUAGAUUGGUGCCACUGAUGCCCCGGCUGGUUCCCCAGACUGCCUUCACUGUAACAGCGAAUGCUGUGGCCAAUGCAGCUGUCCAGCACAAUGCGUCCCUUCCCGUUCCUGCAGAGACAGCAACCAAAGAAGUAGUGGUUUGCUAUUCCUACACAAGUACCACGUCAACCCCAACCUCUACCCCUGUUCCAAGUGGCAGCCUAGCGACGGUUAAGUCUCCACGACCUGCCAGUCCUGCCUCCAGUGUAGUUGUCUUGCCAAGUGGAAGUACUGUGUAUGUCAAAAGUGUUAAUUGUUCCGAUGAAGAUGAAAAACCCAGAAAACGCAGGCGAACAAACUCUUCUAGCUCCUCUCCUGUUGUCCUGAAGGAAGUUCCAAAGGCCAUCGUUCCAGUCUCUAAGACGAUCACUGUGCCUGUGAGUGGCAGUCCCAAGAUGAGCAACAUCAUGCAGAGCAUCGCCAACUCCUUACCGCCCCACAUGUCACCUGUGAAAAUAACUUUUACCAAACCAUCAACACAGACGACCAACACAACAACACAGAAGGUUAUUAUAGUGACCACAUCACCAAGUUCAACCUUCGUGCCCAACAUUCUCUCCAAAUCCCAUAACUAUGCAGCGGUCACUAAGCUUGUACCAACAUCGGUCAUUGCCUCUACGACUCAGAAGCCACCUGUUGUUAUAACUGCAUCACAGGCCUCUCUGGUCACCACCAGCAGCAGUGGCAACACCAGUUCUACGCCAUCACCUAUUUCUAGUACAGUUGCAGUAACAGCUGUGGUAUCUUCCACACCAUCUGUGGUCAUGUCAACAGUAGCACAAGGUGUAUCUACAUCAGCAAUCAAAAUGGCAUCAACAAGACUUCCUUCCCCCAAAAGCUUAGUGAGUGCCCCUACCCAGAUUCUUGCACAGUUUCCUAAACAGCAUCAGCAGUCUCCUAAGCAGCAGUUACAUCCAGUGCAGCAGCAGACCCAGCAGCCGGUGGCCCAGCCUUCCCCAGUGUCUCAGCAGCCGCAGCCGCAGCCUCAGCAGUCACCACUGCCACCUGGUCUCAAACCUACCAUCCAGAUCAAGCAGGAGUCAGGUGUUAAAAUCAUCACACAGCAGGUUCAACCAAGUAAAAUCUUACCCAAACCAGUGACUGCAACUCUCCCCACCAGUAGCAAUUCCCCAAUUAUGGUGGUUAGCAGUAAUGGUGCAAUUAUGACAACUAAACUGGUAACUACUCCUACUGGUACUCAGGCAGCCUAUACCCGGCCAACAGUGAGCCCAUCCUUAGGUCGUGUAGCCACAACCCCUGGAGCUGCAACCUAUGUGAAAACUACCAGUGGUAGCAUCAUUACUGUAGUACCCAAAUCAUUAGCUACCUUGGGAGGAAAGAUAAUUAGCAGUAAUAUUGUUUCUGGAACGACUACCAAAAUCACUACAAUCCCAAUGACUUCCAAGCCCAAUGUGAUUGUUGUACAAAAGACUACAGGAAAAGGAACGACCAUUCAAGGCCUCCCUGGUAAAAACGUUGUCACAACAUUGCUAAAUGCUGGAGGAGAGAAGACUCUUCAGACAGUGCCAACUGGAGCAAAGCCAGCUAUAAUCACCGCUACGAGACCCAUCACCAAGAUGAUUGUAACGCAGCCCAAAGGAAUAGGUUCCACAGUCCAGCCAGCAGCUAAAAUCAUUCCAACAAAAAUUGUAUAUGGACAACAAGGGAAGACGGGGGAGCGUCCCUCAAGCACAGACUGCAGCGUGGCUCCCAAGCUGGGAGCCUCUUUGUUCCUUAUGAGCUGCUCCUCUAAAAAUAUUGGAAUGAAUCUCAAAUAUUUUCCAGUUGAAGAAAAAUGUGACACUGUGGGUGGUUUUGUUUUAUUUUAUUCUUACUUUGUGUCUCUUACUUAGGCAUUAAGCAGUCACACUGCUUUUACUAAACACAGUGAGGAACUUGGAACUGAAGAGGGUGAAGUUGAAGAGAUGGACACGUUGGACCCUCAGACAGGUCUGUUUUACCGAUCUGCCCUGACUCAAUCGCAGUCAACUAAACAGCAGAAACUUAGCCAGCCCCAGCUGGAACAGACUCAGCUGCAAGUGAAAACUCUACAGUGCUUCCAGACCAAACAGAAGCAGACCAUCCACCUGCAGGCAGACCAACUCCAGCACAAACUCACGCAGAUGCCCCAGCUCUCCAUCAGGCACCAGAAACUAACGCCUCUCCAGCAGGAACAAGCACAGCCUAAGCCAGAUGCACAGCACACACAGCAUCCCGUGGUGGCCAAAGACAGGCAGCUUCCUACCUUAAUGGCACAGCCCCCACAAACUGUAGUACAGGUGCUUGCCGUGAAAACCACGCAGCAGCUUCCUAAACUGCAGCAAGCUCCGAACCAACCAAAAAUCUACGUGCAACCCCAAACUCCCCAGAGCCAAAUGGCGCUCCCCACCUCAUCAGAGAAACAACCCACAAGCCAGGUGGAGCAGCCAAUUAUAACCCAAGGAUCCUCUGUUACAAAGAUAACAUUUGAGGGGCGCCAGCCUCCCACAGUUACAAAGAUAACUGGUGGCAGUUCUGUUCCUAAGCUGACAUCACCAGUUACAAGCAUAUCUCCCAUUCAGGCCUCUGAGAAGACAGCAGUGUCAGACAUUUUGCAAAUGUCUUUGAUGGAAGCUCAGAUUGAUACAAAUAUAGAACAUAUGGUAGUGGAUCCCCCAAAGAAGGCUCUAGCCACCAGUGUGCUCCCUGGCGAGGCAGGAGCUUUACCCUCCGCCCAUGUGGUGGUGGCAGGGAUGACGAAAUGUAGAGAGCCCUGUUCAAGUCCAUCUGCUGUUGGCCCUCCCCUAACGACCAGAAAAAUGGAAGCAGCAGGAGUGCCUACGACAGGCCAGUUCAUGCGUAUUCAGAAUGUAGGCCAAAAGAAAGCUGAAGAGAGCCCAACAGAAAUUAUCAUCCAGGCCAUUCCCCAGUAUGCUAUUCCUUGUCACUCCAGCUCCAACGUGGUGGUGGAGCCCAGUGGGCUUCUUGAGCUGAACAACUUCACCAGUCAGCAGCUGGAUGACGAUGAGACAGCAAUGGAGCAGGAUGUAGACAGCAGCACGGAGGAUGGAACUGAGCCCAGCCCCUCUCAGAGCUCUGCUGAACGGUCCUAGUGUUCAGACACCGGAGUGCACUUUAAAGCCUGCUUGGUUACCAAGUGUCCAGGGAAACUUACAAUUUGUUGUAUAAAAAAACAAAAACAACAACAAAAAAAAGCACUUUGCUCAUAUGUAGGCUGGGGACCUAGAAACAGUGUUUCAGUGACAUUUUGCUGCAGGAGCAGCAUUUUAACAAGAUAAAUCUCACAGAGGAAUGUACUUUUUAAAAAAAUAGAGAGAAAAAGAAAAAAGCAAAAGCAAAAAACAAAGCAAAGGAAAAGAUGCAGAGCCGUGGAGACCUGGCACCUUAUUGGAGCUGGGCAGAGGGAAGUUUGUCUGGCAGUGAAAAAAGACUUUCCUGUGCGUGGUUCUCGGCUGCUUUUCACUGAGCAAAUGCCACCAGAAAAGAAAGAAUGUGAAGAGUUUGUAUUUUUUAAAUGAUGUAUCUGAACAGUUCUUUUAAAAUGGUGUUGUUUUUUCAUAUCCCUGGAAGUGUUGAUUUGGUUAACAUUUUAUAUUUGCUCAGUUCAUGAUUAGUUUAUGAAUACCUAGGAAAGUUCUGGCAUUAAAGAGUCCUUGCUGGAGGGUAAACAUCAGAUCACUGACCUGGAAAUGUUUGGGUGGCUUGUACAUGCGCUCCUUGGCUGUAUACUAAUUUAUUGUGGUGUUCCACACUUGCCUAUUUAUUUAAUGUAAAUGUUUCCAAGCAGACCGAAUCCCUUCUCCUACAUGUCCGGGAAGCUGGAUUGCUUGGCCUUCCCACCUCUCCCCCUUUAAGAAGAAGAUGGAUUAGAGAAGGUUUGAUUAGGAAGCAGAGGAAAAGACAUUUCUAGCCCAAAGGAAAUGUUCAGUCAUGUUAAUGAAAGUGAACUCUGCUCAUUUGAUGCUUUCUUGAUACUGAAGUUGCACAUCCAUGUUGGACUGAGACUUUGUAAACAACUUUUACUUUUGUUUAAGCCCCGUGAAAUGUAUGAAAAAGUUCACUUACAGUUUUAAACGUA